AUGAAAAUAACGUACUCAAAAUUGUAUUUUUUUUUUUUGUACUUUGUGAUUGUAUUUUUCAAGUCAGUAACAUAUUGUUUAAAUGAUGUUAGUAAAUUUGAAAAACUAAAGAAGUUAAUUAAUAAAAAAAUAAAACUUCAUAUAAAUGAAGAAUAUGAAAAAGAUAAAACACAAAAUGAAAUAUCAUUCCAUUAUAUACAUGAAUUAAGUUUAAGCGAUUAUAUAGAUUAUGUUUUAAAUAAAGAUGAAGAAUACGAUUGUGUAUUAUUUUUAAUUGAUGUUGAAAUGAAAAAUAAUAUUUCUAUGUUUGAUAGAAAAACAUAUGUAUUAUUAGAACUAUUUAACACUGUUGCAAAAAAAAUUAUUUUAGAAAAUAUUUUUUUAUACAACGAAAAAAAUUAUAAAAAAGGAAGCACAAAUAUAUAUAUGAAAAAUAAUUUGUUAAAACCUAUAUUUUUUUUUUAUGUAAAUUUUAAUAAAUCAAAUUUAAAUCCAUUAAAACAUAUACACAUGAUACAAAACUAUCCAGAAUUUGUAUAUAUGAAUGAACAUACAUUAUACAACCACAAAUAUUAUUCGCUUAUUUAUAGUAUAUAUAUGUUGGAAAAUUUUAUAAAAAAAGAAGAAAAAAAACAAGAUGGUUUAAAUGAUGAUGAAAUACAAAUAGAAUUAAACAUAGAAAGUAUUACAAAUUAUUUUUUAAAAUUCAUAUACAUGCACAAUAUUAAUAGAUAUAGUGUUAAUUUAAAUAGAACCCGAGAAGAAUCUGUAACUAAAGAUGGUAUUUUUUUAAACAUUAAAAUGUAUUUAUCAUUUAUUAUAGGAAUUAUAUUUAUGUUAUUAUAUUUAUUCAUUUUAAUUGUAAAUAAAUAUAAUAUAAUAAUAUUUAUUUGUUCAUAUAUUUUAUAUUUUAUAUGUUUAAGUGGAUUAUUUCACUGUUUAAUAUAUCAAUCAGAGUUUUAUAACACUGAUAUAACUUUAGAUUCUAUAUUGAAUACAUAUAUUUAUAGAUCAACAAAUUCUCAGUAUAUAUAUGAAGGUUUGUUUGUUUCUUUUCUUAUAUUUAUAAUAAGUUUUUCUUUAUUUAUUUUGAAUGGUCAUUUGAAUAAUAAAUAUAUGAAUAAAACAUUAAAUUUUUUUUUUUUUUUUUUUCUUAUUUUUAUCAUUUGUAUAUCGCUUAAUAUAAUACAUAAAAUUAAUACAUACAAGGUAUAUUUUUCUACUUAUGUCUUUUUUCCCCCAAUUAAAUUUUUCAAGAAAUAA